UUCUAAUUUUAUCCUUUAUACUAGUUAUAGUGUUAAUUUUAAAUUCAGAGCCAACUGUAGUAUUUACUAGGUAGUUAGAAAAAAAUUGUUUAGUUAUUUUAAUAUUUAAAGUUUGUUAAUAUUCUGUAAUCUUGGAAACUACUGAACCAAUUGGUACUAAAUCGUGCACACAAUUGAGACCCAGAGAGUGUUUAUAGUUUUGUUUUUCAUCCCACAUAGGUUAUGCUAUAGGAUGGCUCACAUAGGAAUUUUGUUAUGGCCCAAGAAAAUCAAAUAUUUUCUUCUUUAUACAUAUAAAGAGUUGGUUGAAUAAAUGAAAUAGAUUUUUAUAUAAUGUAUAAUAUGUUUGUAUAAAUGAAUAUUUGUUUGUAGCUUAUAUACACAAAAACUAUUUGUUCGACUUAAUUUACUUAUAUCCAUGUUAAGAUAAUAAGACGUUAUGUUGUCUCCGUCUUACACACGUACGCCAUAGCAAAUUUUCGUUCACCAGUUUCAAUAGUGUGCUGUUAGUUUUGAUAUUAGAGUGAAUUUGAAUUGACCUAUUAUUAAACUUUUAGGUAAAAACAUUACUGUGUUUUCUCAUUGGCUUUUUACAAUAUUUUAAUUUUUAUGUGAAUUAUGAGCAUUUUAAAAUAUUAUGAUUUUACAUACUCACUUAAAAAUUAAAAUAUCAUAGAAAACGUAGGUAUUCUUACCUUACCCUACGUUAUAGAGUUUAAUAAUAUUUUCAUUUAAAUAUUGAUGCCACAAAUCAAUCUCUGUUACUACUUUGUCAUAGCUUUCAACAUAAUUUUUGUAAUAAUCGACAAGAUUAUGAAGGUGCAUUUAAGCAAAAGAUCUGAUCAAUACAAAAUUACGUGAAAACCAACUAUCUCAUACUUUUGUGAUGAUUGAAACGAUUGUUUAGCUGUUGAAUCUAUAAAUAAAACAAAAAAAUAUAUUCUGUAAUAGUUUUCUUAAUUUUAUUUUGGAAUGUUACUUCCGUAUUUUUGUCGUAUAGAAUUUUUAGGAAUUUUGAUUUAAAUAUCCAAUUGGUUACAUAAUAUUAUGUACCAGUAACUUCAUAUUAUCUAAUAUAUAUAUAUAUAUAUAUAUAUAUAAAUUAAUGUUUGUCUGUGUGUGUGUGUGUGUGUGUGUGUGUGUCCUAUAUUCAUUCCUAAACGGCUGGAUCAAUUUUUAUGAAUUUUUUUGUGUGUGUGGAGUGGUUCAUGGGAUGAUUUAGAUUUACAAUUGGACCUGGUAGGUUGAACCCGGAAAUGUGUUCAAACAGGGAUUUUGAGAUUUAUGACGUAAAUUUUUGUUUACUAAUGGUUAUAGGAGAAAUAAUUAGUAGAAAUUAGUAUUUAUUUAUUAUUGGUUGGUAUUGGUUGCCAUUGGUUGCCAUUGGGUAUUUGGGCAGAUCAGGUACAAGCUUGCUUCAAAUAGAAUUUUCGAACAUUGCCUACUAAGGUGGAUGAGUUGCACUUACGGCAGCAAGUUACACCCAAAAGGAGUUUAACAAUCAUAAUUAUUUUAAGAGUUGCCAUUUUUAAUAAGCAUUGAAGUGCGCGCGGGAUCAGCUAGUAAUUUAUAAAUAAUAAAUUAUUCAGGAAAAAAAAUUCAAAUUAAUCUAAUUUAUACAUUUAUUUAAUUCCCAAAGUUGUCUACCGCUUUGGUUACACCACUACAUCAAGAUGAACUUGCUAAGAACACCUAAGGUCUCUCUGAAAUAAAUGAUUUUAUUUAACUUAAAUAGCUUCCUUUUAUGUUAAUAUGCCACGGUAUUCUAAUUCUACACAGUGCUUGAUUUGGAUGGUAACGUGAAGGACGGAUUUGUCCUUUUUUAAAAAUAUAAUUAUUAUCCUAAUCAAUUAGAUAUUUAAAUCUUUGUGUAUCCACAUUUUUUAAUAUUUUUGCAUCUUCCUUUUUUUUUUCCUUUCUAAUUCAAGCACCGUUUUUACAAGGUAAUAUUAUUUAUCAUAUUUCACAGAUUCAAAAAUAUUAAAGUAGUUAAAAAAUAGUAUUUACUUCUAAAUUAUCAUAACUUUGUUUGCUUUACAUAAGUUUUACUAUUUUCUGGUCUUAUGCCGGGUUCACACUGUUGCAAUUUCUUGUAUGCUUUUUCCCGCAUGCUUAUUUUUACUCGUGCAAGAACAAAAUUGAACAAAUGUGAACGUUAAUAAUACGCAUGCAAGUUCUUGCAUGCUCAAACUUGCACGCAGUCCGGCAUGUCGGACAGUAAUUGAAUGCAAUUAGGUAAUUGUAUGCCAGUUUAUUCUCGAACACGUUCUAGUGAACCACGUGGAUUGUGUUUUAUGAAUUUUGUUUAAUUAAUAGAGUAUUUAGUUAAGUACAUUUUUUAAAUAAUUUAAUUUGUAAACACUGAAAUGGCCUCCAAAUCAAAAUAUAGUUUGAACGAAGAAAAUGUACUAAAACUAAUUACUUUGUAUCGUCAUCACGAAGUACUAUGGAACGUAAAACUGGACCAAUAUAAGAACAAAGAUGCACGGAACCAGGCAUAUAAAUUAAUAUCUGAAGAAAUGAAUGAAACUAAUUUUGGACCAUCUGAUGUUCCAACCAAAAUAAAAAAUUUACGUACGGCCUACCACCAAGAAAAAAGAAAAGUAGAGGAUUCAAAAAAGUCUGGAUCAGGUGCCAACGAUGUAUAUAAACCAAAAGUAUUUUGGUUUGAAGCACUUGAUAUAUUUUUGCAUCCGGUUGUCGAAUCAAGGAAAACUCACUCUAAUUUGGAAAUGCUCAUUGAAAAAGAUUACGAAUCUCAGUCAAAUUCUGUUUGUGAAAAUUUAACAUCAGCCGAGUCCAUUAAGCUGAAUAGUUCUUUUUCAUCAGUUGAAAAUAAUGCUACAUUAAUCUCUACAGUUAACAAUACAUCCCAACUAUUAUCGGACUUAUCAGAAAAAGUUUUAUCACCUCCGCUACCACCUCCACGGGCUUUAAAACGAUCAAUUUCAAAAAAAAGGAAAAAUGAAGUGUCGGAUACAACAUAUCUUGAUAAUGCUCUAAAAAAAUUAGACGAAAUAUCUGAUAAAACAACACAACCGUUGGAAAUGAACGAAUUUGAUGCAUUUGGUAAUUUAGUAUCAACAAUGUUAAAAAAAUUACCCAUAAAUUUAGCAUUUCAGGCACAAAGUGAUAUACAUAGCUUACUUAUUAAGUAUAAAUUGCAAGCUGUACAACCAAGUGGAGUAUUUAACUUUUCACAAACACCAGUUAUUUAUAAUCAACAAGCUACUAAUGAUAUACAUGUGGAUUAUUCAUCAGGGCACAACACAACAUUAGCAGUUCCAUCAACCAGUAAUCAAAUGUCAAAUGAAAGUAAUGGUUCAUCAGCCUAUUCUUCAAAUGAUGAUAUUUUUUCUUUGUAAAUAUUUUAUAUUUUUUGUAGGUAGGUACCUAACAAGUUUUUUAUUUUAUAUAUAUUUUUUAAGUUUUUGAAUUUUGAUAAAAAAAACUAAGAAAAGGUUAAGUUUUAUUUAAAAAGAAUAUUAUAUUGAUAAAUUUUAUUUUGGUUAGUUACAAUUUUAAAUCUCGUUAAGAUUUUUUUUAUUUUACUUACAUUAAUUUUCUGUACCUAUAUUGUUUACCUAAUUUACUUUUUGGUGAUAAUAAAGUUAAAAAUAUAUAGUACUUACUUCAAUGAAUUCUUUCAAUGCAGUAUAAAUAGCAUUGCAUACAUCUGGUAGAAACGUACUUAUUGUGUUCUUAGGUACUCUGAAUAAAUAUUGAAGACUGGUAAAAGAAUUGCCUGUGGCCAAAAAACGA